AUGGCCUCACCUUCCCUGGCGUCACCAAGGAGGCUAGGCGACCUCGGUGGCACGCCCCCAGAUCCGGCGAGGCCGCCUCCUACAAAGCUACUGCGUAUUGGAUCUAGAGAUGCCACUCCUCAUCUCCUCUUCGACAACCAUCGCUGCCGCUGGCGUCUGGCGUGGUACCCGCGUCUCCGGCCCAAAUCAAACUGCCUACGGUGCCUCCUCCCUCAACCUAUUCCCCUCCGGCGGCAGGAGCCCCUUGUUGAGGAUGCCGCACCACCACAUCUGACUGCAGUUCACCAUAGCUACCGCAUUCAUCAACUCCGUUCCCGAAGAGAUGGCUUUAUAGGUAGUUAUGUAGUGAUGAAAUCCAAGCCUGUGUCUCCACCAACAGGAGCUCUGCAGUUAAGGAAGUGUAUAGUCACCAUGGUUCAUUUCAAGAAUAGGUACAUGGUGGUGGAGGUCUUUAUAGAUGCAGCUAGAGGUGAAAAGGACCCUAUAAUCCUCACCCAAUUUAAUAUAACACAAGUUAUAAGAGACAGUAUUCAGCUCAACUUUGGGGAGUGUGGCCUAGCUGGAUCUCUUGGAUCAUUGCAAGUUAAGUAUGUUAAUCCUGUAACAAAGCUCUGCAUUGUCCGUGUGUCACGUGAAGACCACCAGAAAGUUUGGGCUGCUAUGACAAUGGUGAGGUGCAUUGGGAAGAUCCCUGUUUCAUUCAACUUGCUCGACAUGAGUGGAAGCAUCAGGGCUUGCAAGAAAGCUGUGAUGGAGUGUGAUGAAGCGAAAUUUGAACAAUACAAGGUGGCUGCUGGCGAUCGUAUCACGGCAGAGAUCAUCCAGUCCGUAGAGAGCUGCUUUGAGAAGAUUAGAGGACUAGAGAGCUAG